CGACAGCUAGGAUAGGAGGCGGCGGCCGGGGAGAGGUCCACUGUGCCCGAGGGACUGUGGUUCUCCGGCCCCUCCACGUCCCAAAGUCCGCGGGCCGGGCGGGGCCGAGAGCGGUUUCCUGAGCCUCGUGUGCAGAUCCGUCACCGCGCCCGACUUUGAUCUCGGGACAGAGAAAGGCGGCUUCUCUCCGUUCUACAUUCUUCCGAGGAAUUUCUUUUAGAUAGAAUCCUCGCGUUAGCUAGAAAUACAGAUUACUUGGUUGUGGCUUCCAAAACCACUUGAAAUACUUAGGCAAUAAUUUUAUUUAUCGUCUUCCGUUUUUGAGAUACUGCGUGUGAAAUAGUUUUGUAAACUGCAAAGUAAAGCGGGGAAAAUCUUAGGAAUAACUGACUACCUCUAAGAGCCACUCAGUACACAUGCAUGUUGCUUAGAUAUUUGUUAGAGCCUAAAGCUGGCAAAGAGAAGGUGGUAAUGAAGCUUAAGAAACUGGAGUCCAGUGUGAGCACUGGCCGUAAAUGGUUCAGACUAGGCAAUGUGGUACAUGCUGUACAGGCCACUGAGGAGAGCAUUCAUGCCAAUGACCUGGUACCCCGUUUGUGCCUGACAUUAGCCAACCUCAACCGUGUGAUUUAUUUCAUCUGUGACACAAUCCUCUGGGUGAAGAGUGUAGGUCUCGCCUCUGGCAUCAACAAAGAGAAAUGGCGAAUGUGGGCUGCCCGCCACUACUACUACUCUCUCCUGCUGAGCCUCGGCAGGGAUCUGUAUGAAAUCUCCCAGCAGAUGGAACAGGUUGCACACAACAGGGCAAAGAGGGAGAAAUCCUCACCAUGGGAUCCUCUGGAGUACAGCGUGGCUGACGAGGAGACCGAAUGGCUCCAGUCCUUUCUCCUUCUCUUAUUCCAGUCUCUGAAGCAGCAUCCUCCCCUCCUCCUCGACACAGUGAAGAACUUUUGUGAUAUUCUGAACCCUUUGGACCAGCUGGGAAUCUAUAAGUCUAAUCCUGGCUUCAUUGGACUUGGAGGACUUGUGUCUUCUGUGGCAGGCAUGAUCAUUGUGGCGUAUCCUCAGAUGAAGCUGAAGACCCGCUAGCGUGUUUUCCGGCUGAGAAGUAGUAGUAUCUGCUUUAACAGAUGAACUUUUAAUGGAUCGGACAUUUGCAUUAGUCAUGGGCCAUUUCAGACUGUGCUUAAGUUCUUGUACAUGUGAACAUUUAGUGACCUGUGAUGUGAGCAGAGGUGGGGCCAAGAAUGGAGAAGGGGAGAUCAUGAAGAUUAGUAUGUAUUUUUUUUAGAGUGCUAGAGUGACUUGUGAGUUUAUGGAUAUUUUCCCUUCAUCUAACAUUUAUUGAACCUCUCUUACAUGUAUAGUAGGAGCAUAGUGCUUGCUGAAUAAAUAAAAAUGGAAAGGGAAAAAAUU